AUGCCUAACGUUCUCAUUCUCGGAGGAUCUGGAUACCUCGGCUUCGCCCUGGGCCAGGCCCUCAUCCGCUCUGGGAACUACACCGUCUUCGGCACAGUCCGCAGUGACGAAAAGGCGAAGACCCUGACACUCAACGAGGUCACCCCGGUGAAGGGUGAGGCCACUAAUCCCAGGUGGCUAGCCCAGGCCAUUGCGACACACCACAUCGAUGUCGUCGUCGACACAACCCAGGCUUAUGAGCAAGCCGGCACUAUGCUAGGUGCUGUCGUCCAAGCCGCCAAAGACCGUGCCGCCACCCUGGCCAAAGACAACGCUACCGGCCCCAAGCUCGGCUUUGUCUAUACGAGUGGUUCGUGGGUCAACGGCUCACCCAGUCGCCGCAUCAGCGAUCUCACGGUCCCUGGAACGUCAGUCUCCCCCAGCAAGCCUGCCACCGCCGUCACCUGGCGUCCUGCCCACGAGCAAGCGAUACUCGCCGCACGCGGUGUCCUGGAUGUCGCCGUGCUGCGCCCCGGUACCAUCUACGGCCGCGGUUCCUGGGUCCUGGGCACCCAUUUCGGCCCCUUACUCGAGGCGGCGAAGUCAGGGAGCGCCGAUGUCGUCCACGUCCCCGUCGACGCCGGGUCGCGCGCCGGCUACGUGCACGUGGACGAUUUGUCCUCCGCCUAUGUCACGGCCAUCGACCGGCUCGGUCGGCUUGGCUCGUGGCCCAUCUUCGAAGUCGCCACCGAGACGUUGCCCAUUGGGGAUGUCCUGUCUGCCGUCGCUUCCAUCCUGAACGUCAAGGGCAAGAUCGCUUACGACGGCACUAUCGGAAACCCAUUUCUCGAGGCGCUGGCUCUCGUCACCAACACGGACUUCUCACGGGCCCACUCGGUGCUCGAUUGGACGCCUCGUCGUCGCGACUUCAUCCAGAACUUGCCUGUUCUGGUCGCGGCGUGGAAGGCAACCCAAGCGUAG